AGCAAGCUGCAUCUUUUUGUCAGUAUUUUAAGGAAAGGACGCACCCGCAUUUAAAAAUCUGUUAAUCUCGUUAGUAAACUGUUGGCAUUCUCAGAACUGUGGUGAAGUCCUGUAGAAAUGUGUGGUUGAUGCAUUUUAUAGGUCUCUUUUCCAGACUGUAUGCUAACAGUAGGCAACUUUGAUUAAAAAAAUAUUACAAAGACAUUCCAUCCUUUUCAUGUUUUAAAUAGGCUGCAGUUGCUUUUAACCGCGACCAGCAGGACUCUUUCAUUCAGCCUCUUGUCAGGAUUUCAGCCAAGGGCAGGAUGUCUGGCAUGAGCCUUAGAAACUCACCAAGCAGAAGAAGAUUUGAGUGUUGAUUCUGGCUCAUAGGUUUGUUAAAUAUGCAGAGUGCAUGUAGGUGUUUCUAAAAUAUCAAUACGUGUUGCCUGCAUGAAGAUGCAGAGGUGAAAGGACCUGACCUUCAACGUCAGGUCCAUGCUUUUUCUUCCAUUUACUUUGGGAUAGUAACUAGAACAGAGAAUUAUGGAGAUAGUGGGAAUUACAGGGCAUAAUCCUUCAGUACCUUGUGAUGUUCCAGUACAAGUGAACCCUUGUACCAUGCAAUGAUGGUGUUAUAUUAGGUACUUGUGUGGACAAUUGCAAGUCUCCACGAAGUAGUUUAUUACAUGGUAGGCUCUAUAAGUGCUAGUCCAGAGUGCAGUCUGCCAAGAGCAGCCAUUACUUUUACAUCUAUUAGACAUAAUUACACAACCGUGUAUAGAAGUCUGGAACUAAUUUACAGAAGUGUCUGGAAUCCAUUCAUGGUGGUUACUGCUGGUCUUAGUCAUACAAAAGCUGUAGUCCUUUUUGCUGAAGAACCUCAGAGCUUGUCUCAGGAUUUGUAUCUUCUUCGUGGCAGAUCCUGCAGAGGCUCUCUGUCUUCCCUGGGACUAAUCAGAUAAUAGAUACAGGGUUGUAGCAACUUGCUUGAGCUCUCGACCACAGGAUGAGAUUUUAAACUCGCUUUGCUAAACAGAGAGGAUCAGAGAGAAGAAAGCUGCACCUGUUCUGUAGGGGGAGCAAGAGUACAUAAUACACUGUUCACAAAACUUUAUUAUGGGUGGCUGUUCCUCUCCAAAAUACCAAUGUACUUGUAUAUUUGGUAAAUGUGCAUAUGUAGCUGUGGUAGCAAAACAAUAUAAUCUGCAAACAGGAAAGGUUUGACUUUUUUUUAUGGCUCUCAAAACAUAUAAGACUUGGAGACUUCUCCAUCUCAUUAUUCUGCUGUUCUGAGAGGAAAUGGUUGAAAGUCAGUAGGAGGUUGCUUGAUGGAUUUGUGUACUUUUUAUUUAUUAUAUUCUUUUUUAACAUCGGAGAGAGGGCAGGGGUGAUGCCUUCUCCUUUGCUGUGGAAGGAGUUCUCUGCAUACCUGGAAACUCAGGUUGUUUUAUGUCUGUAUUAUGGGAACUGUUCUUUCUUCCAUCAAUAAACUCAAGUAGGAGGAGUUUGUAGCCCAUGGCAGGGAGUGUUUACAAGCAUCUGGUACAAAACACCUUUUAGGGGGUUAAUAGGACCUCGCUCCUUCUGUUACCCGACUACCAUUGCCCGAUAAUUCCUGAGCAGAAACACUGUGUAACUUUACUCUGGUGAGCUAAUACCAAUAUUAAAUAGGACACUUUCAUAUUAAAAACAGUCCCAAUGUUACCUGGGGUAGGUUGGUGUAUGUACAUUGGCUUCAGUAGCUCUGACUCGGUCCUUCAGUGGGUGUGAACCCUCGGCCCUAUAUUCCAAAGUUAACAAACCAUGUUUGUUUGCACUCGCUGAAAAUGGGGCUGAAGCGAUCUUACUGCUCUUGCAAACAGCACCUGUGGAUAACUAACAUUACAUCUUUUCUUUUGACCGUUCAUGCUGUUCUGCUGUUGGCAUUUCUGUCCUGACUCUGAAAACAUCCUGGUUUGGGUUCGCUUGGGCUGAGCCCUGUCGGUUACCCUCCAAAAAUAACAGUGCUCUGCUUAACCUGGAGCGUUGCAUUUGCAGAACUGAAAUGGUUUGGAAGAGUGGAUUUUGCUUUGAUUUUUUUAAUAAUAAAAAUCAGUAACUGUAGCUCUUGUAGACAUCUGAGGCAGCUUUAAGCAAACAGCAUGCUGCUUUCCUGUGGAGGUUUCCAUUCUUGCCUUUCCCUAUAAGAUGGAGGAACAAAACUGAAACAAGGAGCUCUGUGAGUCACAAUUUAAGACGACCAUCUCACUCCUGUGUCAAUGCCCUGAAAUAAGGCUGAAUUUUUUAGUCUUGCUCACCGCAUGGGCACUAAUACAUUUUUUGUUAAUGCUACAAAACUUCUAGGAACUAUAAAGCUAUGAGACUUGUCCCUUACUCUCAAAUGUAGGUGAAAUCGGCUGUUGUGUUUCAAAAUAACAGGAAGAAGGAGGAGGUUGAAUGGACAGCGGGAUCAUUUAAAUGCUUGUGCCUUGUCUCCUUAGGAAAUGUGGCUAAAACUUUGUUUCAAGUAAAAAAAUAAUGAGAAAUAUUGGUCAAAAAUGAGUUUUUUCACUUGUUCCGUAAACAAGAUGUGGUGCUGAUGAGGGACGGAGUUUUGUUGCCUUUGAUAUGUCCAGGUCUGGAGAAGACGCUCCCGGAGCCUCCGAGCAGCUUUGAGCACCUCAGAGCCCCAACACCACUCGCAAAGUGAUGGGUGUUAAGACAAGGGUGUGGAGUCCUGAGCAAGGAGUCAACACAUCAGGUAAAAACCUAACAGCUUGGAGUUUGUCAGGUUUAUUUUAAGGGAAUUAACAUUUUGUGGCUGAGCUUUAUCGCCAGCCAGUGAGGAACUGGUUAAACUUGAAGAAUAAGCACUCAUAGAAGAAGGUGCCAAAGGAAUAAAAAGAAACAGCAGAAGAAACUCCAGCAGUUCUGGUCAGCAGUGUGACUGUGUGUGAACAGCACCGUGUUACUCACCAGCUCUGGUCCCUGGUGCUUUUGAGUCAGAGCCGUUUCCUCUAUGGACAAAAGGUUUUCGCUGCUGUCAGCACCGAGUCCGUGGUGGAAGAGCCAGCGGGAGUCUGUCCAGCAGCAGAAUCAGCAGGUACGUCCUGAGGGCAGAAUCUGUGACCGAUCACCCGGGCUUAGCCAGCCUUGAUUUGGCUUCUCUGACCAUCCAUCUUGUUCCAGUUACAGACCAGAAGAUGCUGCUGUGUAUGAUCUUUUCUGUUGCUUUCUCUAGGUCUGACUGGGCAUCCUGCAGAGAACCCUCAGUGCCUCAUUUUACGCUCUUUGUGAUGUGGGAGUGUGGCCCAUAUUAUUAUUGGCAUCCUGCCAUCUAGGAGAACUUCUGCUGUAGGCCCAGCGGAAGGUAGGACAGCUGAAUGUGUCCUACUUUCUGCUAACAUCAUCCGUCCCCUGGGAAGGGAAGAGGGUUGUAGCCCUCGGAAAGACAGGAAAAGCUUUUUCUCACAAGUAAUUGAUGCAAAAACCUGCGACUGUGAAAAGAAACUGAGCGGAAAAUAACCAUCUUGAUAUCUGCGCCUUGGGUGCAACGCCUUCUUGAGUGAUUUCUAAUUAUGAAAUAGAGCUGGGGAGGGGAAAGGAGAGCAAAUAGAAAUACAUGUGUGUAGCUUUCAGUAUAGGGACAGCUGGUUCUGGAGGAGGGCUGCCAAGCUAAAGCAAUUUGGACGUUUCCGCAUGGAAUGAUGGAGGAAUGCAUGUUACUGCGCUUGGUGUCAUGGGGCUGCUCCCCAGCUCGGACUGGGAACUCUAAAUAAGCUUUACUGUUUGUUUUUUGUUGGGUUUUGUUUUUUUUUCCCCUUUUUGAGAUGGUUUGUUACCUGAGCAUCCCCAGGCAUGAGGGGGUUGACAGGUUCUGUGGCUCUACGGGCUUGUGCUGUUCUGCACAAAUUCCGAGGGAUUUCUAAAGGAGGCAAAGCAAGCAGCACCCUGUUUUCUUUAGCUCAAGUUAUGGUUGCUGGAGUCCUCUUGGAUUGUUCUAGAGCAAACACACAGUUUGCAUAGACUACCCUUAAAAGUUGGCCAGGUUCCACGUUUGUGUGUCUAAAUUUGGCAGUGGGAUCAUACAGCGUUCUGGAAAGCAACCUCCUUUCAGCCAAAAUAGUUUUAUUUUUAAUGAAAUGGCCUGCAAGCCUGAGGUAAAUAGCGAAACUCUUGGGGAGGCAACCUUGGAGCACCCUCUGCAGAGCCAACCUGUUAAUUUUCCCACUCUUUCCCAGGCAUUUCUGAUCUCAAGAUGCUGUGCCUGGAAUCCCACUGCUUAAUUAUUUUAGGCGGGUGCAACGGACGGGCUGCAAUUAGUGUGAGGAGUGGAGUUUCCCUUCAAAAGCUCGUGGUACCCAAGCGCUGUUCCCAUCGACAGAGAGACCGAAAGCUGUGGUUUGAGGCACAUGCUGACGGUCAGAAAGGGGACGCAAAAUGGCAUCUCUCAGCUAAAUGUGUCUGCUCCCCAAGUACUCCCAGAAUUGUAGGUUCUUCACAGAAAUAAACAGCGCUGUGUGCUUGUGGCUUAAGCUUUGCCUGUGUUGGAGAAACCUGACUUAGUGCUGCCUGGAGAACUGCUCUGGGAAAGGCUCCUUUUAGUCCUCUGAACCCAGUCAGUGCUGUUCCUGGGUGAUCACUGCUCUUAAUAGUUUUCUGGCAUGGAAGCUUAGCAGGUUCCUUGUGAGAAAGACAAACAGAAAUAGGGACAAAUGCGACCCAGGUUGGCCUGUCUGGUGUCUCUUUUUUUUCUGGAAUCCAGAAAGCGGAUGAGUAAAGCCAGGUGGAAUGUCACAGUUCCGAGCUGCUGCUUUCUCUCGCAUUUUUGAAGGCAAACACACUGGCUGAGUAGCUGUUCAAAGGGGUGAUUCGAUCCCUCAAUCAUUUCCUCGUGAAUCUCGGUGCCGUCUACCAGCUGCCAAAUUGGAGCAGCACAAGGUGUCUGUUCCCUUGCGGGGAGCUCAAGGGGCCUGAGCGUGGGUUUGGAAAAGCGAAGAGGUUACAGAACCGCGGCUCCCGCGGGAGUGACUCAGUCCCUGCCACGGGCUGGAUACCUCCUCGGUAUUCAGAGUUAAUUUUCAGGGAUCAUUUGUCCAUAUAAAUUAGGAAGUUUUGGGGACACUCGGCUGCAAGUGGCAGCUUGUCAGGAGCCCUGAAAAAGCUUCCCAGCAACACGCGGUCGCUGGCUGCUGCUGUGAACCCUAGAGGAACAUGAACACUUGUGUAUACGUGCAGAGAGGCAGCUCCUGAAGUGAUGAUUGGUGAUAACUCCAAUGCAGAUUUGCAUGUUUUUCCAGCCCCUCAGGAACUUCGUGCUUCAUGUCGUGAUUUUGAGCUCGUACCUGCUAUUUUUCUUUAUUAUUUUUUAAAUUCUCGGUGUUAAAGACACUAUCUCUCAGAAUAGAUCAGGAGAUAAAUAACAAAAUUGAAACCAAAUACAAUUUUAAAGAUGUAAUUUCAGUGUAGUCUCCUGAAAAGAAGCAGCAGGUAGUGACAACUCGUUUGCUCUAGAGAACCAGAAUACUGGAAAUUCUGGGACACGAGGGGUGAAAAAGGCCAUUGUAAAGUUAAAAAUAAACAGGACCUUGCAAACAUGGGUGAGGGAGCAGGGAAGAACAUAAUGUGUUUUUAUGUGGUCUGUUUUUAAAGACGUUUUAAUUGAAACAAUCAUGGCAAACUACUCAACGUUGAAUCCUUUAUUUUUUCCCAUUUCUUAUUUGUCUGAUCAGGUUUUUUAGGGUGAGGACUUCGAUUCCACAUGUACCUUCUCUGUCACAAAGGGAUCCCAAUAGUGAUUGGUGCCUGUGGAUGUCAUGAAAUACAAUCAUCAUUUUGAUACUUAAUGUCUGGAAAAUGCUGGCUACACGUGUGGGAUUCUGCCCCUGGGGCCGGCCCAGGUUCAGAUGCUUUUUUGGAACAGUGCGGAAUUUGAUGCUGAUUCAAAAGAACUUUUUACAAUCAGGAGUAUUUAUUAAUUACAGAGUUCUGACAGUGAUUUUCACAGGUUAUGAAUGACGUGACACGUUGUAUGAAGAGGCAAAUCUAUUCAGCACCAGAAAAACCUUCUGGUGCAGCUGUGAGGGAUCUACAGAAAAGGCAAGAUGAAAAGAGGAGACUCUGCAGUCUCUUUUCUUUUAAUAAAAGGGUAAGCAAAUUUCACCAUUACCUAAUGCUCUUUAGUGGCAGAUUAAUGGUAUUUGUGGAACACACGGUUUUAUGAGGAAGAUUCUUAACAGGUGCAAACUGGUAUAGGUCCAUGGCAGUUAGUGUAAGAUUGAUAACCCGCUAAGUAUCUGAUUCUGAUGAUUUUUUGGGGGCACAUAACUCUGUUUGGCUUUUCUCCUCACACUGAACCCAGCUCUUCGGAUUUCGUGUUGUGGGUGAAUUGCCAACAUGCAUUUUUAUCUUGGAAAAAUAAUCUUCAGGCUUCAGUCUGGGGGAAAAAAAAAAAACAACAAACCAAACUGUGUUGGUUUCCUGGGCAAUUUCUCUGUUUUUGUAACUGGUUUCUAUUAAUGGUUUUGAGAUGAAUCCCAGGAAUCCGGAGCUGAGUGCUGUCCAACAGAAGGGGCUGUUUCAGUGGAGCGCCAUCCGAAGAUGCCUGACGGCAAGAGCUGCAGACAGGGCUCUCUGACCUUUGCCGAGGACAGCGGUGCUGGAAGAACAGAAACAGACACACACGUUAAUGGUUCAGUAAGAGAGCAGCCUGCUUGGGUGCUACACCUGCACUCCGCAUUCUUGCGUAUCUAAGUUGCUGCUGGGCAAACUGCAAAGCUUGGUGCAUUAAGCAGAAGAUCAAAAACCUCUUAAGAUUCCAUUGAACUAAAUAUCUUGCAUACCUGGACGUUCACGUUAAUUAAUUUAUGCUCCAAUGCCAUUGGCACAGAGGGAAGUAAAGGCUUUCCAGCUGGAGAUCCGAGACAGGAACAAGUUGAGGAAUUGCCUGCAAAGGACAGUCCCCAAAUGACAUUUAAUGUUCAAUCCUCUUAUUUCGCUUUGGGAGUGCUUGGGCACAGCCCAGCUUAGGCCAUUGCAGUGACCGCUGUGCGGUGGUUUGGUGGACGUUGCUUUUCUCUUUGCUGGAAACCGGUUGUCCCUGGGGUAUUAUUGACUGUUGCUAUGAUAUUUUAUACCUACCCCAUAUAAGGGGCGUCAGGGAUCUGCCAUUCUCAUACGCAGGGAGUGUAGAUUUGCCUCUGCUGCCGGUUUGGUGAUCGCAGUGGACUCCAGUGAAGUAAAACAAAGCAGAAAAACAUCUGGCCAGACCCUCAGCUUGUCAUUCUGAAUGUGCUCUUUAGGGAAGGCAAAUCAGGGGCUUUUGUGUUUAUGGCAAGGGAACAAACGUUGUACUGCUGGGUCUGUGAGACGUACGCGGCGUGUUCCAUCCCUGGGGUAAUGACAGGCUUCGCUUGCAGCCCUGUUAUUGUGGUCGCCUUUCAGUUUUGUCCUUUUAGUUCACAGCUCUUGCUGCGAGUUGGAUUAUUUCAGGCUUGCUUAUGGGAUUCAUUGCAGCUGAAAGAUUUAUUUUAAUGAGAAAAGCUUUGCAACCAAAUGAAGCCUCCCGGGAAAUGCACACCCUCUGGUAAUUCACGUCAUGCCGUGUUACGUUGCUCUUUUCCACCAGCAGGCAGCUCUGGAGGCUCCCCCAGCCACUCCAGCCCUUUCUCAGAAAGGGGGAGUGAAUAUGGGUGCAUAUUUAACCCCCGGAGUGUUACAGUUUUGUCACACUCCUGGCAUGAUGAGGGUUAUCUGAGCAAUUCCAGCUGGGAUAAACGGUGUCAGUGUACACGAACCCUGAACUGCAGUACCUCUGCCUUUUUGCUGCUCUCUCCUUACAAACUUCUACCUCUGUUCAUGGUUUUGGCUUUGCAGGAUCCUUGCUACCUGUCAAUUAGCACUCUAUUCCCCAGCUGGAGCGUUCUCUACUACUUUUCAGUUGUAGGAAUUAGCCUUGCUUCUGCUCAUGGGUAGAUGUUUUCUCCUUUGAUCGUGGCAGAGUCCUAUGGGUCCUGUGUUUAAAGAAGAUCUAAAGAGGUUGUUGGUAAUAAGCAUGGAGCGUUGACAAAUCAUGUACAUAAGGCCUUGUACUGUAAUUUGUGUCUUUAUGUCAACAGAGCAUUAAUCCUGGCAUUCCUUUUUAAUACAUUACUUAUAGCUAGGAAAAUGGGGUGGAAGUGGCUAGUUCCACUCCAGCUUCCUGGGGUUUAUGGUUCCCAAAAUUGCAGUAAGAGGAUGGAGAGUACCUCCUGCCAUUAGACCUUCCCAAUCUGAUCCUGGCUCUGAUUUUCUGGACUGGUGGCCUUCAAUCCACUUUUAUUGGGAGGUCUUUCAGUGCAGCCUGCAGCCACGGGAAACAGAAACGCUAAAAUCAAAGAGAUCGGGAAGAGGAAACUUCCUGGCAGACAGGGCUUGUCCAUUCGUGUUUCCCGCUGCCUUGACUGUGCAGAAUUAAAGAGUGAGCAAAAGGCAGAGAGCUGUGAAAUACCCUCCUUCGUCCCUUUAUCCUCUUGUUCUUUCCUUCCUGUGAGUGCUUUUCUUUAGGAGACUUCAGUAGGUUCAGCCCGAACUUGGCGUCUUUCAGUCAGGAAAUAGCCCGUUCGUGACAGCAGCAACCACAGCAAUCUGCAUCCAUCCCUGCAAGAAAACAGCCAGUAACCUCUGCACUGCCAAAGCGGGAGGCAGAAAGGUGGAAAAGCGACCCGGAAUCGCAGCCUGGACGGUUCUGCUGCGGCUGAGGGAAACCAAGGGAAGCAGAGGGUGCUGGAUUUGCUGUCUCUGCAAUGUGAACGGCUUCUUGCCUCCCAGCCAGAUGUUUUCCAGGCUCUGCUCUCAUGCGGCAGCUGAACAAAAGGCUGUCAGAUCUGAGCCUCUCGUCUGGCUCCCUGGCCUGACAGAGCCAGCAAAAAAGGCUCCUUCUGCCACUGGAUUUCUGGCUCAGCCCCAGACCAGCGCCCCCGAUGCUGUACAUCAGUAUUGGCUUUGUUGGGGUGCUUCAGAAUGUGGCAGCAGGUUUGCAGUUUCGGGAUGUGGUGCAGUAGGAGCCUUUGCAUGCAGGUGGUUAUAGAAUUGGAUUAAUGCAAAUAUCGGAGGUUUGCAAAGACAAGGCUGUGCUUUUGCAUUAAGGUUACAAUUAGACUGGCCAUGGGAACAUUGUUGACAUUGCUCAGCUGCUGAGUGUGGGAACUCGGGCUGUGAGGACCGUGUUUAUCUAAUUACCCACAAACUCCCCCACUUAAUGUAAAUGACAGAGUUAGAGUUUGCAGGGAAAUUUUGUAGGGUUCUUAUCUGAAGAUUAUUUUAGAACUUUUCACUAGAAACAAACCAGCAGUUAGCUGCAUCUGGUUUGGACAACGUGAAGACCUGCUGGAGUUGACAGUAGGCUUUUUCAUGGUCAAAUUAUGUAAUAAAAAUGGCUCAAGUUUCUGGGAAUUUCUUUGGAAGUGUCUGGUUCUGUGCGGAGAUGCUGUUCCCAGUGCCUGUGAAGGUGGUUGCCCUCUUCAGGUCAGGCUGGUAAGGUUUCAGGUGUUUAAAUGAUGCCAUGAGGAUGUGGUUUCGUUCCACGUGCUCAGCUCUGCUGUUUGAAGGAGUCUGUCCCCUCUGAGCAUCCCGCAGUAUCUAAAGAAUUCCCCUCAAAUGGAAAAUCAGUGCCUGUCUCUGGUCUGCCGAUGCAAACCGAGGUGAUCUGAACUGCUCUGCGGGUGUUUACACAUAAAGGGUAUAUGGAGAUUUUAUUUUGUGAAGCAGCGUUUGGAGCUUAAGAGUUUACCGCUUCUUUCUCUGCUGUUUGCCAUCGAUUAUUUUCAGUAGCUGACUGCGUUAAUACUCCUAAUCACUGUGGGACACAGUGAAGUGGGUUAGGUAAACACAGUUAAACACAUCCGCGCAGGCUGUAAGAACUGGUUGAUGUAAUUUAACCGUCUUUCCCUGCAGCAAAGUCAGCGUUGCUGGACGUUGCUGCUGUGUCUCGGCACCUCCAUCAGCGCUGGUGUUCCCGCGUGAGGACACGGAGGACAGGAGCAGCUUCUCCGCACUCCUGGGGUUCCUCUUGGUGCCAGCCAAGCGACUACUGGAAUAGUUCAGUUCUCGUACGAAGGGCUGGAAGCAGAAGUCGGAAAUCUGACCCCGCUUUCCGUGUUCUGGCCUCAGCAAUGGGGAACCGUGUUCCCCACAUUGUAAUAUUCUGGGGCUUGUAGUUGCAUUCUGGGCUCUUUUUGCCUGCACUGCCCUAAGCUCCCACGUAUCCAGUCUUUGUCAUUAUUAUCCUUUUGCUGAGAUUGCUGCUAUUAAGCCCUUGCUUACAAAUCACAGGACAGAGUAAAUAUUGUUUUCUAGGUUGUCUUCUGAGACUUAAGCUUGAAGUGAAACCAUAUGAGGAGACAAAGAUCAAAAAACCACCGAAGGCAACAGAAUAAAUCCAGUCUCAAGCAGACAGCUGGAUGAGUGUCAAACAAAAGAAGGAACAGCUGGAUCAAGUAAAACACAAGGAAAAUUAGUUCCAUCCCCAGGGGGAGGGAGCAGGAUUGUUUUGCGAGCACAGAGCGAUGUGGGACCAACUUACCCGAUAGAACUUUUACAUCAAAGUGAGGGGCAGACCAGAAGGUCCCAGAGGGAGGGGAAAGGGAAAAGUGGGUGUUGUAGUAACUGUGCAGAAGCGUUGGGGAGAGGAGGGAGGCGCAGUGCGAGCGUGGGGGAGAGCAGAGCGGGGAGGUGGGGAGCUGGAACUUCGGAGGUGGAGUAAUUGUGCAGAAUGUGAGCUGCUGUCCACAGCUUUCGGGAUGUAAAUUGAUGAGGUCACAGUGUUUUCCAGUUACCAACCAAAAAAAAAAAAAGUUAAAAAAAACCAAAGUCUUCAACUUGUUUUUCAAGAGAGACGCAAACACGGAGAAGCUGAAGAAAUGGAGCAGCUAGCAAAACUCCUUCUGUGGCAGAUUUUGCUUCAGCAAAGUUCUGUUUAUUCGUAUUCAGUCCCAGCCGAUGCCUCAAACCCGGAGAGCGUUGUGGUGUCGGUGUUGAACAUCAGCGCCACGCUGGGCUCGCAGGCCGUCCUGCCCUGCAAGAGCUACCGCAUGGUGUGGACCCAGGACCGGCUGAACGACCGGCAGCGCGUGGUGCACUGGGACGUCUACAGCACCUACUACGGAGAUAACAAGAUGGAGAGGUUGUGUGACAUGUACUCGGCCGGGGACCAGCGCGUGUACAGCUCCUCCAACCAAGGGAGGAUAUUCAUGCCCCAGAAUGCGUUUACAGACGGCAACUUCUCCUUGGUGAUCAAAGAUGUUGUGGAGAGUGACGAAGGCACAUAUUCCUGUAAUCUUCACCACCACUACUGCCACUUAUAUGAAACUGUGAAAGUCCAGCUGGAGAUCACCAAGAAAGCUGAGGAUGCAAAGCAGUACUGGGAUGGGGAAAAGCCGGUGAUUGUCGCCCUGGAAGGCAGCACCGUGAUGCUCCCCUGUGUGAACCGCAACCACAUCUGGACUGAACGGCACAGCGAAGAGGAACAACAAGUGGUCCACUGGGACAGGCAGCCCCCGGGGGUUCCUCACGACCGUGCUGACCGUCUCAUCGACCUGUACGCCUCCGGCGAGCGCCGUUCUUAUGGACCUCUCUUCAUCCGUCAGAAGAUGAACAUCACUGACACGGCCUUUGCCCUGGGUGACUUUUCCCUGCGGAUUUCACAGCUGGAAAGCGCGGAUGAAGGCACUUACUCCUGCCACCUGCACCAUCACUACUGUGGCCUGCACGAGCGCAGGAUCUACCAAGUCUUUGUGAAGGAGCCAGUGAGAGAGAAGAAGGUGGUGAACCUCACAACUCACAACAUUGCGCCAGCCAUCGAUCCAAAUGUUGUCAGGGGCCACAACGUGAUAAACGUGAUCAUCCCCGAGAGCCGGGUGCAUUUCUUCCAGCAGCUGGGCUACAUCCUGGCCACUCUGCUGCUCUUCGUCAUCCUCCUCAUCAUCGUUGUCUUCAUCACCCGCAAGCGCCGGCAUAGAGGUUAUGAAUACAACGUGAAGAAACACGGAGAGAAGGAUGUAAAUCUUAAAGAAUUUACAGUCGACACGACAGAUCUGACUCAAUACAGAAGUGAAGACAUCAGACUGGAUUACAAAAACAACAUCCUGAAGGAGAAGGCUGAGCAAGCCAGAAGCUUCCCAGCGAAGAACAUCGAUUUAGACAAAGAUUUCAGGAAGGAAUAUUGUAAAUGAAGACAUUCCCAAGCUGCUGGCUGGACCAGAAGCUUCAAUCAAAGAUAGAUAAACGGAAGAGAGAUGCCUUUUCUUAAUAUCAUGUCCUUCUAGUUACCAUAGAUGUGUUUUUCAUGUAGACUCUCUCUCCACUAAGCUCAAGGGUAUUUGCAAAUGCUUCUUGAAAGAGUCAGACCGUCUGUCUUGUGUGCACUUACGAUGGGUUUGGGUUGCCUUUUCUUCUUCUGUUUUCCCAGUCCUCCAUUCCCCUUUUCUGUCUUGAUAUUAUUGUUGUUGGUUUUAUGCAUCAAUGAUUUUUAUGAGCUGAAUCAGCAGACCUUUUGCUUUGAUGUUACGGCUUUAAAUAAACCAACCUGCAUCACUAA